AUGGAUAAAAAUAACAAUACAUUUACCAAUAAUAAUGGUAAUAGUAGUGUAAAUAAUACAACAACAACAACAACAUCAUCAUCAUCACCGUCAUCAUCAUCAACAACAACAGAUAGAACAAAUUUUAAACAAUCAUUUUGGAGUAAUCUUAAUAAAAAUGAUAAUCAAACUGUAAAUAAUAAUAUAAAGAAUGUAGAGUCAAACUAUGUAAUGCCUAUUACAUCUUUUUCAAUGCAAAAAUUUGUACUAUAUGAAACAAGAUCUAGAUUCUAUUUAGUAGGCUCAAAUAGAACGAAAAGUAGAUUCAGAUUAUUAAAGAUUGAUAGAACCACUGAGGAAGAUGUAGUUAUCAGUGAAGAUCCAACUGAAUACAAUAAACAACAACUACAGGAGCUGUUGACAAUGAUUGAGAAUGCAAACAGAGAAGGUCUCAGUCGUGUUUGCUCUGCCUACGGUAUUCUAGGAUUCAUUCGAUUUCUUCAUGGUUACUACAUCAUUUUGAUAACAAAGCGAAGAAAGGUAGGUGUCAUCGGUACGCACUUGAUCUAUGGAAUAGACGAUACCACUUAUGUCUACGUUCCCACCUCCGUACCGAGAACCAACUCACCGGACUUUGUCGAUGAAACUCGCUACAAAGGUUUGUUUCUCGGGCUUGAUUUGACGAAGGAUUUCUUCUUCAGCUACACCUACGACCUCACACGUACUCUCCAAUUCAACAUGACUCGUUACUUCCAUCAUCCAGCACCGAAAACCUCGCAGAUUCACUUCAACGAGCAAUUUGCGUGGAAUCACUUCCUGUUGGAGCGACUCGUGCAGCAGUCGCAGACACCUCAUUGGACACUGCCAAUCAUUCACGGAUUCUUCUUGCAAGAGAAGAUCGAUAUCUUUGGAAAGGCAGUCGAUUUCAUACUGAUCGCUAGACGCAGUCGUCAUUAUGCUGGCGCACGUUUCCUCAAGCGUGGAAUCAACGAGAACGGUCACGUUGCAAACGACGUCGAAACCGAGCAGAUCGUACAGGAACCACUGAGUGGAAACACAAGACAGGCGCAAUUCACUAGCUAUGUCCAGGUGCGUGGAUCGAUUCCGCUCUACUGGGAGCAAGACAACAACAUCAUCACACCGAAACCACCGAUUCAAAUGCAGAGAAUGGAGCCAUUCUUUGCUUCUACCAUUCUCCACUUUCAACAUCUAUUCCGUCGCUACGGCUCACCCGUUGUCAUUCUGAAUCUCGUAAAGUCGAACGAGAAGAAACCGAGAGAGUCGAUCCUGCUGAAUGAAUUCACCAAGUGUGUCGAACAACUCAAUGAAAUGCUACCGCCGGAACACCAGCUACUCUACCGUGCCUGGGAUUUCCACAAGGCUGCCAAAGCCAAGGAUGAAGAUCACAUGGGUUGGCUCGAUUCAUUCGCACAGCAAACCAUUCAGAAAACCGGUAUUUUCCACAGCUCCAAGAAGCUGUAUGCCACUGAGCUGAGUGAGCAGUGUCGUGGCGCCACACUCUUCCGCUACGGCGACAGCGGAACGGAGCAGGUCGGCAUUGCUCGUACCAAUUGUAUCGACUCACUCGAUCGUACCAACACUGCACAGUUUUGCAUAGGAAAGUGUGCACUUGCUCAUCAACUCUACGUGAUGGGCUACAUCGAGGAGCCGUCGAUCGAUUUCAACACGGGCGUCGUCGAGGUUCUCAUCGAGAUGUAUGAAGCGUGUGGCAAUCAGAUUGCUCUGCAAUACGGUGGAUCGGAACUGGCCAACACCAUCAAGACGUACACCAAGAACUCGCUGUCCAGUCAGUCACGUGAUUUGAUGACCACCAUCAAGCGGUACAUCUCCAACUCGUUCAUCGACGUCGACAAGCAACACUCGAUCAACCUGUUCCUCGGCUACUUUGUGCCGUCGAGGAUGGCAGAGAACAUACCACUGUGGAACUUGGAAACCGAUCACUAUCUACACAACAAGACCGAGAGAAAACAACAUCAUCUGCUGGCCUACACAAACUGGUGGGACGAACCACUCAAAGACUUUAAAAAGACAUCGCUCGUCGCCAACUACGCAGAGAAACACUCUGUCAUACAACUCAUGAAACAACGUGCCGUCGAAUUCGAAGACAACUUUUACAAAGCUGAUACCUACAGUUGGAUAGACAAUCACUUUGAAUACCGAUUCAACGAUCCCAUUAGAUUUAGAAAUCAAAUAUCACCACUUGCCAACUACUUGGAGUCACCAAACCUCGUCAAAAAGAAAAAGAAUCAAAAUGGUGAAUCAACUUCAAACAAUCAAAACAAAGAUAAUGAUGAAAAUCGAUAUGAUAUUAAGAGAUGGGUAUUCUCUAUUACAAAGGGUAAUAGAGGUAAUAAGCAACGUGAAGAUCCGAAUACACGUAAUGGUAAUACCGAUGUUACGUCGAAUACAAAACAAGAGGAUCAAUUGAAACAGAAUGAAUAUCAACCGUUCAAGGAGUUUGGUAUUGAGCUGGGUACCAAGCCGAUUGAACAGGAUUCUUUUGCCAGCUAUUGUCAGCCGCUCGAGAAGAACAUCAAUAUCCACCAAUCGAAAUACAACAGUCAGGAUAUCUAUAGUAAUACGUUCUACUCUGACGCCGAACAAACCAAGCAAGACCUCAAGAGUUUCUACUAUCAUUCCUAUUUGCAAUCACACGGUAACAAGUCGGUCUACCCAGUGGUACCCGACAACGAAACAAUCUAUGAAUAUCAUGUGGGAUCACUUAAAAACAUGUUGAUGCAAGAACAAUUCGUAAAUGUAACAAAGAAAAUGCAUAACACUACAACUGAUGGAUUUACAUAG